CCCUCCAGUGGAUCGGGGCCCCGCUGGCCCGUCUCAUGGCGUGACCGACCAUGGCGGGCGGCCGUCAAUCAAUCCAUCGAUCGUGUUCGUGCAGAGCGCUGUACUGAGCGCUUGGGAAGUCCAAGUUGGCAACCUCUAGAGCCGGUCCCUGCCCACCGGUGGGCUCGUCCAGCGGCGUGGCCGUCCAGCGCAGUGCCCCGGGAGCCAGCGGAGCGACUUCCCCGGGGAAGGAGCACGCCAAGGCCGCGCGGGCCAUGAGGACCCCACCCGUGACCCGGCCCCAGCCAGCAUGUGACGUCCAGACAAGUGUCCCGGGGCGGAGAGGAGCCAAGAGCCACCCGCCCGCCGGCCGGGCCCCGUCCGCGGUGCCCCCUACUCUGGGAGAAUGACCCCCGGGCGUCGAGCGCCGUGUGCCCGCCCGCUCCUGCCUCGGUUGCUGCUGCUGCUGAUCCUGCCGGCGGGAUUGGAGGCCCAUCCCGGGAUCCGCCGGGCGGGAGCGGGCCGGGAGUCGGAAGGCCGCGGGCCCGGGGCCCGGGUGAAGCGCGGCUGGGUGUGGAACCAGUUCUUCGUGGUGGAGGAGUACAUGGGCACCGAGCCCCUCUACGUGGGCAAGAUCCACUCGGACGCGGACACGGGGGACGGCGCCGUGCGGUACACCCUGUCGGGCGAAGGGGCGGGCACCGUGUUCCUCAUCGACGAGGAGAGCGGGGACGUCCACGCCACGGAGCGCCUGGACCGCGAGCGGAAGGCUUCGUACGCCCUGUGGGCCCAGGCCCGGGACGGCCGCACGGGCCUCCUCCUGGAGCCGGAGACCCGGGUCACCGUCACCGUGCAGGACGUCAACGACAGCGAGCCGCGCUUCCUCCACGGGCCCUACGUCGCCAGAGUGGCCGAGAGGUCGCCCGCCGGCACCCCGGUGAUGCAGGUGACCGCGUCGGACGCUGACGACCCUUCCUACGGCAGCAGCGCCCGUCUAGUCUACAGCCUCCCGGAGGAGGAGGGACUCUUCACCGUGGACGCGGACACGGGCAUGAUCCGCACGGCCGCCGAACUGGACCGGGAGACGCGGGACCGGUACGAACUGGUGGUCAGGGCCACGGACAUGGCCGGCCAGCUCGGGGGGCUCUCGGGCUCCACCACCGUCACCGUCGUUGUCACCGACGUCGAUGACAAUCCGCCCCGCUUCCCCCACAAGCUCUACCAGUUCAGCGUGGCGGAGUCGGCGCCCGUGGGCACCAUCGUGGGCCGCGUCAAGGCCGAGGACCCCGACGCCGGAGCCAACACCCAGGUCACCUACUGGGUCCGCCCCCGCCCCGGCCUCGACCACCCCCCGGCUGCCUCCUUCUCCGUCCGCACCGACAGCGACAGCCAGGAGGCCGUCAUCCUCGUCCGCGAGCCCCUGGACUUCGAGGCGGAGGCGUCGCACACGCUGGUGCUGGAGGCGACGAGCAAGCCUGCCGGCGGGCGGGCCUGGGCCCCGGGGCCCGGCGGGGAGCGGGCCGUGGUCCGGGUCACCGUCACCGACGUGGACGAGCCGCCCGAGUUCCGGGCUCCGGAGGGGCCGCUGGAGGUGGCCGAGGAUGCCCGGGUGGGCUCCUUGGUGGCCACCGUCACCGCCCACGACCCCGACGCCGCCAACAGCCCCAUACGAUACUCCAUCGACCCGGCUUCGGACUUGGAGCGGAUUUUCGCCAUCGACGCCUACACAGGAGCCGUGGUGACCGGGAAGGGGCUGGACCGGGAGCAGGCCGGUUGGUACAACAUCACCGUUUUGGCCAUGGAAGCAGACAACCACGCGCAGAUUUCCCGGGCCGUGCUGAGGAUACAGAUCCUGGACGUGAACGACAACCCGCCGGAGCUGACCGCCCCCUUCGAGGUGGCCGUGUGCGAGGAUGCCCAGCCUGGACAGCUCAUCCAGACCAUCAGCGUGGUGGACCGCGACGAACCCCAGGGCGGCCACCAGUUCUUUUUCCGGCUGGUGUCCGAGGCCGGCCACGACGCCGACUUCUCUCUACUGGACGUCAAGGACAACACGGCGGGCCUGCACACGCGGCGGACGGGGUACAGUCGACGGCCCGGGGCGGUCUUCCUGCUGCCCAUCUUGGUGUCGGACGGCGGGCGGCCUGCCCUCAGCUCGACGGGCACCCUCACCGUCCGCGUCUGCCCCUGCGACCCCGCGGGCCGCGUCCACUCCUGCAACGCCACCGCGGACCGGCCCCAAGCCCGUCGCCGGACUCCGGCCCGCCUGGGGCCCGGGGCCCUCAGCGCCCUCCUAGUCGCCCUCCUCAUCCUCACCGUGUUCGCCCUUCUGGUCCUGACGCUGAAGCGACACCGCGAGGGCCCCCGGGGGCCGGACGAGGACGAGGACACGCGGGACAACGUCAUCAAAUACAACGACGAGGGCGGCGGGGAGCAGGACACCCAGGCCUACGACAUGACGGCCCUCCGCGGCCUCUUCGAGCCGGGGCCGGCGGGCGGGGAGCCGGGGGUGGCGGAGAGGGUCCCGGCCUUCCUCCCGCGGGGUCGGCCGCCCAGCCCCGAGCCGGACUUCGGCCUGUUCAGGGACCUGCUGAGCCGUAAGGUGGCCCUGGCCGACUCGGACCCCUGGGUCCCGCCUUACGACGCGCUGCGGACCUACGACGAGGAGGGGGGCGCUUCUCCCGCCCCCACGCUCAGCCCGUUGCCCAGCCCCUCCUCAUCCUCCGACCCCGACCCCCCGUUCGCCUUCCUGGACGCCUGGGGCCCGCGGUUCCGGCCCCUGGCCGCCCUCUACGCGGGUCUUCCCCCCCCGGGAGGAUGUCCAGGGGGCCGGGGACCAGGCGUCAUAGCCGUCCGACCCCCGUCCGGGGCGGGGACGCUGUGUCGAGGACGCUGUCGAGGACGUGGGCAGGAGGGAAGUGCGAAGCCGAAGGUCUCUGCGGGCCUCUUUGGGUCCCUGCGGGUCUCUAUGGAUCUCUGUGGGUCUCUGAGAGUCUCUGUGGAUCCCUGGGAGUCUCUGCGGGUCUCUAUGAGUCUCUGGGAGUCUCUAUGGGUCUCUGAGAGUCUCUCCGGGUCCCUGUGUGUCUCUGUGAGUCUCUGUGGAGUCUCUGCGGGUCCCUGUGGGUCUCUAUGAGUCUCUGUGGGUCUCUAUGGGUCUCUGAGGGUUUCUGAGAGUGUCUCUGCGGGGCUCUAUGAGUCUCUGGGAGUCUCUAUGGGUCUCUGAGAGUCUCUCCGGGUCCCUGUGUGUCUCUGCGGGUCUCUAUGGAUCUCUGUGGAGUCUCUGCGGGUUCCUGUGGGUCUCUAGGAGUCUCUGCGGGUCUCUAUGAGUCUCUACAGGUCUCUAUGAGUCUCUGAAGGUCUCUAUGGGUCUCUGAGGGUUUCUGAGAGUCUCUGCGGGUCCCUGUGAGUCUCUGUGAGUCUCUGUGGGUCUCUGGGAGUCUCUGCGGGGCUCUGUGGUUGAUCUCUGUGAGUCUCUGCGGGUCCUGUGAGUCUCUGCAAGUCUCUGUGGUCUCUACGAGUCUCUGUCAGUCUCUAUGGGCCUCUGCAAGUCUCUGUGGGUCCCUGGGAGUCUCUGCGGGUCUCUGUGGAGUCUCUGCGGGUCCCUGGGAAUCUCUACGGAUCUCUGCAG